GGAGCAAACGUCUUGAAUUUAUGAAAAAAAAAAAAUGAGAAAGAUAGUCAACGAUUUGAUUUUCUGAACCGGGAAUAUGUUUGGCGACCAUGAUAAAUAUAUAGCAAACUGAGAUCCAGAUGAGACGUCUUAAAAGGGGCGUCAGGGCAGGUGAAUGAGAGCGGCCAUUAUUGAACACUGUACUGUUGCUUCGUUGUUGCAAUGCUCUAAAAUACUGUUAGUGGUCCAUUCUUUCCCCCACAGAAAAGCUGCUAUAUGACGGGUUAAAGCUCGAACAGCGCUGAGGACUGUGGAAAGUCCUGCAGCUGGGGGGGACUUGGGGAUGCAAACCAGUUUCCUUGAUAAAACCCGACUGUGGGAGCUGCGUCUGUGAAAAGUUGGAUUUCGAUGGGGGGUACGAUUGGCGGUGGAGGCAGCCUCAUGUUUGAAUAGGCCCCUGGGGCUUGAGGGGAAUGAGAGUAAAAGGGGGGGAAAGAAGAUGUGUGAGCCAGCGCUGGAGGCUGAGGCAGCCUCACGCUUGCAUCGGCUGCUGUAGUAGAGUGCCACGGUAAAGGGGAGGGGUUUGAGAAAGAAGGAAGCAGCUGUUGGAGUGCAUGUGAAGCUUGGCCUGCUAGCAGAGGCAGUCUCACGCUAGCUUCUGCUAGAGGAGCUGAAGGUCACUAAGAAGGAAAAGGGGAAGAUAGAGAAGGGAGAUGAGUCUGAUGUGCUGAGAAAGGGCGGGCAAGCCCAGCUGCAUGCAGAGCUGCAUCGACGAGAGCCAUGGUGCUGGGCUGAGCCGAAUCUGAAGGGGAGUGGGGCCUUGCGGUGAGAUGAGGGGAUCGUCUGAAGCUCACUGACGGCUUGGCGUGGCAACCUGAAGCUUGGAUAGUGCCGGAUCUCGUGUGGGAAAGAGGAGGAGUGGAGCAUAGCAAGCUUGCAGUCUUGCGAGCUUUGCUCAUUUUGCUGGUCACCUUUAGAGGUGGUGAUUUGGGCAAGAGGUUAGCUGAUUGCGUGCUAACGUAACAAGUGUACAGUUCCUCUUUGCUCAAUCGCCCCGAGAACUGCACGUCGUUAUUUAUCAGUGCUUUCCUCAAGCCCGCGACUGUCCACUUCUGGAUGAGGGAAACCAUUGACCCUGUCGAGCGGUAGGAUGAAGCCAGAGAAGCUGAAAGCCUUGUCGAUGGGGGUGAGACUGGGCUUCGCCGUGUUGGCAUGUGUGUGGUUCGGCAGAUUCAGCUACGGCCGCGGGAUGAGGCCUGGGGCUUGGUGUUGGAGGCUGACUGUGAGGGAGUAGUCCUGGGGUCGGUGGAUUGGGGCGGAUUAUUCGCAGAGAGACCUGGCUCGUCGUGGGACUGGGAAGACUGUGUCAGACAUGCUUAGGCAAAGGAGAGAACCAAAUGCUUGAAAGCUGUCAAAGAACGGAAAAUGACUGACUCUGAGAGAACUUUUCUUCGCACCGCCAUCAAAAAGAUUUUACCUGACCUUCCAGAGUUGACAAUAAACAUUUUAGAAGAGACCUUGCAGUCUCUGGGUGUAGAGACAUGUGAUGAUUUUAAGUUUAUCGAGGAAGCUGAUUUGCUGUCUGCGCUGAGGCCAGUUCAAGCCCGUAAAGUCCUUGCAGCUUUGAAGCUGUCAUGUCAGACUCCUGAAAGCAGCAGCUCAUCAGUUGAUGCCUUGCCAGGACCUUCCACAACCUUGCAGUCAUUUUCACCCCAAAGUUCACCAUCAACCUCUUCCAUCAACUCCCAAAGCCCUAACACAGAUUGGGUUUACACCUUUCAUGUACCAUGGGAUAAGUUACCAGAGGAACUGAUGCAGUUAUUAGAGUGUGGGAAACGACCAUGUCCACAAAUGAGAAGAGAGAUGUUCCGGAUUGUAGUUCAUGAGAUGAUGCGAAAAAAUCCCUGCCCAGGUAAAAGGAGUACUACUGAAGUUGCCAAAAAGAUGGUAGUGAAAUAUCCUAGAUCUCUGCAAGACAUAAUAGAGGGAGAUGUGAUUGGCACAGGGUACCACUCUUUGGUUAAGCAACUGCAAUAUAGGAUUGAAAACGUGAAACGAUCAACGACCCCAAAAUUAAGAAAACGAAAGCAUCCCAAUAAUGAGUCUGACACAGAUGAAGUCCCUCCAGAACAGAGAGCAGCAAUGCAGGAUACGUAUGGCUGCAUUAACUGGGAUUUAAAAUCCCUUCCUCUUGGAGAGACCCCAGAUAGUCAGCGACAAAAGAAAGAACAACUGAAGAUGAUCGUAAACAAGUGA